AUAUUCUCUUUGUUUUCCCACUUUAAUCAUCGUUUGAAUUCAAUUAUCAUCCGGUAAACAUUUUCAUCUUCAUCUUCAUGGAACUGGUUGUUUUUAUUUUCGAUUGUGUAUCAACAAAUCAUCUGGUUGCUUUUUCUCUUUCUACUCUUUCGGUUUCUCUUUUUUUUUUAAAAUCUUCUUUUCUUUUGGUGCUUUGUGAUCUCUUUUCUUUUUCUCAUGAUUAGGCCUGAGAAUUGAGGUUUUCUAUUCUCUCUCUUGUGUUUUUCUCUUCUUCUUUUCUGUGACUUAUCUUUUGUUCUUCAUCAUAUCUUUGUCUCUCCUGUUGCUCAUUAUCAAUUCUUUAUGGUUAUUUUACUUCAUCAGAGAUCAUUGUUGGUGUUAUCUCUUUGAAUUUGUUCAUUUUUCUAUUCCAUUUUCCUGAUCAACCAUGUCAUCGGUGCCCAAAAGUGAGGAGAUUCACACCAUUCAACUUGGCGUUGAAGUUGGACCAACUCAUGAUGAUGAGAAUCUCAAAUGUACUAUAAUUGAGGAACCUGAUACAAGUGGAGAUGGUGAUCCACCUGAUGGUGGUGGUGGUGGUGGUUUCGGUGGUGUCGGUAGUUACGAUGAGAGAGAUUCAUCUUUAUCCAAUAGAAAUAGUAUCAACUUGAAACGAUUUCCAUCUUCAUCAUCUUCUCCUGGAUCAACACCGAUUAAAAGUGUCCCAUCAACACCUAAUCGAAUCAAACGAAGUGAAUCUUCAUCUUCAGUUAUUGGCCUUUUACCUUUAACACCAACAACACCCACUGGUAAUCCGCCCUCUUCACCCUUGACCAAAUGUCCACCAAGUCCGACCAUCGAUGAGGGACCAACUAUCGGUGUUUUAGAGCCAGAAAUGUUCACCGGAGUGGAAACAAUCGUCGUACCUUCCGAACCUGAUUUAACCAAUUACAAUACAGUUGAAUUAACUUCCAUUGGUGAAGAAAAGACAAAAUUUCAAUUCUCUUCAAAUCAUAACAAUGUCACAUUUCACCGGAGAUUCCCACAGGUUGACCCACAGGAAAGAUUAAUCAAUUAUUAUUCGUGUGCCCUUCAAGCGGAUAUCCUGUUACAAGGUUUUCUUUACAUAACUGAAAAUUUCUUCGCCUUUUAUUCAAACAUUUUAGGACUUUACAAGACAAAGUUAUUGGUUCCAGUUUGUGAUGUUAGAGAUAUUACAAAGGAGAAAACAGCAAUUAUCAUUCCGAAUGCUGUUGGAAUUGAAACUCAUGAAGGAAAAUAUGUAUUUGGAUCGCUUUUGUCCCGAGAAUCGACUUAUCGAUUAAUGGUUGAAGUUUGGAAGAACACAAUCUCGAUGGACACUUUUCCUUUUGACCAAUUGAGACCGGCUCAAGAGGCCAUUACAGAUAACGGUAAUUCAUCACCGUCAACACCCACCAAAGAGGAUACAACAUCACCAUUAAAAUCAAUUGUUGCUGUUAACGUUAAAAGUGACAAUAUUUUAACCACUGGACAAUUGUCAGGAUUGGUUGAUGGAGGAUUAACUGUUGUUGGUCAGUCUUCAGCCUCAUCCUCAUUAAAACGUAAUACUAAAUUGGUACUUCGGUCAAAGGGUAAACAACAACGACAUGGUUUCCAAAACUGUAGUGACACAAGUACACCUGAGAGCACAAGUGAUGCCGAUUAUGGUGCUGGUGAUGAAACUGUGAUAAUGGGCAGGGGGGCAAGUGGGAUGACCACUUUAGGUGGACUCUCAAAGGAAACUGGACAUCGGAAAAGUAAACUAAUGGUUGAUGGAUGGAGACGAUUAUCAGUAACAAUUAAAUCAAUUAGAGAAAGACUUAAAAGUGAUUUAAACACUCCUUUCAUUCAUAUCGCAAUUAUCAUCUUGUUAACAUAUUUAUUAAUAUCAACCGUUUGCAUGAUACCAGCCCACAAAAUCUAUUCGAGUCAUUAA